CGUCCAACUCCACACGAAACAAUGCGUCUUUUGCGACGCAGCAGCACUGGCGACUUUUGCCUGACUAAGGAUUUGGUUGGCGAUGAGACUAUCCCUCCAUAUGCGAUACUUUCGCACACAUGGGAUGUAGACACAGAGGUCACCUUUGCAGACAUGACAAAUGGGACUGGCAAGGAUAAGUUUGGUUAUAGGAAGAUCCAGUUCUGUGGAGAACAAGCCAAACAAGACGACUUGCAAUACUUUUGGAUUGACACUUGUUGUAUCGACAAGUCAAACCACGUUGAGCUUCAGGAGGCUAUCAAUUCUAUGUUUCGCUGGUACCAGAAUGCGGUGAAAUGCUACGUCUACCUAUCCGAUGUUUCGACAGCAAAGCCGAAUGCAUACGAAUUCUCUGAGUUUACUUGGGAAUCGUCUUUCCUGGAAAGCAGAUGGUUUACCCGGGGUUGGACCCUUCAAGAGCUUCUUGCCCCGCAUUCAGUCGAAUUCUUCUCCCAAGAAGGCUCGCGUCUAGGUGAUAAGAAAUCGCUAGAGCGGCAAAUUCACAAGAUAACGGGAAUCGCUACCCUAGCCCUUCGAGGAACCCCAUUAGAGGAGUUCGGUAUUGAGGAGCGAUUAUCGUGGGCAAAAAGCCGUCGAACCACGCGUAGAGAAGACAAGGCAUACUCGCUACUGGGUAUAUUUGGGAUCUACAUGCCGCUCAUCUAUGGUGAAGGCGAGGACAACGCAUUCAGGCGGCUCCAGGAAGAGGUCAACAAGCCUUCAAGCGGCAUCCAACGGAAAAUGAAUUCGCUUUCUAUUGUAGACGCAUCCAUAGCCACCAUCCAACUUAUCAAUGCCGCAUCGAUAUCGAUAUCCUCCUUUAUACGAUCCGUCCGCGAAUCUCGGUCAGAUCUUAACAUUGUCGAAAAUGAACUGCAAUCUAUCAAGAGGACGCUUGAGCUGCUUCGCGAAGAUCUGGACACGGAAUCCGGUAGCGAAGCGUCAACAUCACUUCCUAUCUCCUUUAAGAAACAAAUCCUUGGAAUUAUAGACUGUUGUGCUACCACAAUCAGGCAGAUCCAAGAAUCCCUUGAAAAGUCUCGCAACUUUCUUGCCAAGUCUGUCGCUGGCCAGAUCAGAUGGGCCAUGAACGGAAAAUUAGAUAUCCAAAGACAUCACUCCGUGCUUGAGUCCAAUAGACGGGCAUUGGAGAUUGCGGUCGACCUGCUUUCCUGGACAAUGACAAGAGAAGUCAAGGACAAAGCUGUCAUCCGAGAUGAUACUUCUCACAUCAGGCAAGAUACGGUGCGAAUCCUGGAGGAAAUAGCCAGGCUACAGGAGCAACUACCUCGAGAUCUGGCGCAACCUAGAGAUGAGCGCGGAUUUCUGCUAGACAGAUAUCUGGAAAGCCUCACGUCCUACACCGAAGUACUCACUGCCGAAAUUGACGCUGACUGGGAUGGUAACAUCAACGAUGACUUGUCUAAAUUUGACGGGGAUGCACCUCCAAAUGAUCUGGUUAUCCCCCAGCCUUCUCAAACUCAACUUGUCUUGCGCUCUUUCAGCAAUCAGGCCCACGAGCCUGCCUUGGAGAGUCUUCAAAAAAUGGGCUUUACAGGACAAUAUUCCACUCUUCCUAAAAGCUUCCUCCUCGCAGUCAACAACCGCAUUUCAAGAGACCAAUUCCUUCAGCUACGAAAAGGGGCCCUGCCGUUCAAGAAAUCCGCGCCGUUGCUUUCCAUUGGGGCCUUCCUCUUCCCGGGCACAAUCCGCGCCGUCACCGAGCGCAUGUCACUCCGCGACAUCGCGCAGAAUAUGACGCCAGCGGUGCUCCGCGGGUAUCAACGGCGUACAGUCAAGGGUGCGGCAUAUCCAGCGCUUAUACCGAGUAGUGAUCCGAAUGUUGAGACAACAGGAAUGAUCAUAUUUGGACUAAACGGUGCGGAUCGGGAGGCGAUGGAUGGUUUCCAGGGGGGCAUGUACGAUUUGAGCCGGGUGACGGUGGAGAUUGAACUCCAGGAUGGUACUAAGGAGUUCCAUGAGGCUUUGGCGUAUAUCUGGAAUGGAUCAUCGACGGAGCUUGUUCCGGUGGAAGAUAUGUCUUGGUCACCGUUGGAUAUGCUCCGUGAUAGAUGGUUGUCUGGGAUACUCGAAUUGGUAGAACACGAGGAGGCAGCGCUUUAGCUUGAUACUACUAGAAGAGCAAUCUUAUAAGGCUUC